UCGGCUUGUGCUCGUCACAAUUCGACCGAGAGAAGGAUUUUGAUGGCUUCAACGAGUGGAGGGUUGCUCGACGAGGAAGGACUGAGGUCUCGCCUCUCUCAACUCCGUACGGAAUUCGCCGUCUUCGAUCGCGUUAUAUUCAAGCACAAGAACCAGCAUCGCCGGACAGCCUACUUCGGGCGCCUCCUGAAGGUGAGGCGGGACCUGCGCCUCCUGAAUUCGGCGGGAUUGGAGGAGAUCCUGAAGCUCGCGUUUCAAGUUAUACGUGGGAAGAAACCCAGGCAGAUGAUCUAUGUUCUACAAAGAUUGAAAUGGGAAAGCAGUCGGGAACGGAAGCAUACCUUUCUUGACAGGUUACUUGGUGUUGCUCGCUUAUUAUCUCAGAUGGUGGAAGCAUUAAUAAAGUCAGCUGUUGAAAUAUCAUCCUUACUUGCCAUGAACUUUUUUGCGCCCUUUGCAUUAACAACAUUAUCAUUGCUUGGUCGCUUUCGUGUGCUACUUCAGCAGAUGUUGCUUGAUAUUGUUUCUGUAUUCAACAUGGUGUCCAUUCUUGCCAAGAAAGAGCAAUCUUUUCAGCUUACUCAUGAAGGAGUCAAGGUCUUCAGAGACUUUUACUCAGCAAAUAAAGAGUUUCUUGCACUACAAUGUGUUUGGGAAAAUGGCAAAUUCUGUUUGCUUGAGACAUCCCAAAGUAACGAAAAUGCGGAGUCUAGCGUAAAAGGAAUAAAAUCUGAUUGUAUCUCCAACAUCGACUAUGAAACUAUGGGUGUACUGGUCGAAGGUUCAUGUGAUGGAUUAGGUUGUGAAAAUAAGGCAGUGGAAGGUUGUCCAGGAAAUGGACAUUCUCCUAGCAGAAAUAUGCUAUACAGUAAGGAUGAAAUUGGCGUUCAAUCUGGGGCCGUUUUGUCUAGUAAUGUUAAUGGAGAGGAAAAUAUGGGGCUUGGCGUUGGAGAUGAAUCCAAUUCUCAAGGUCUUUUCUUGGAGUCGAAUUCAUCUCCAAAUCAAAGUUUCGAUGCAAAAGUGGAUGCAAGACAAAAGGUUGCUUUUAUUUCUGUGGGAGAGUCUGCUCAACAUGGAAAAACUAGCGACCUGAAGAAGGCAAGUGUUGACGUUGAAGGUUUUGUUGCCAGUGAAGAUGCAAGGAACUCUGAAGGUUCACAGGAAAAAAUUCCAAACACAUUAUCUACACGUGUGGUCCCAUCGGAUUCAAAAGCAAAGGCAAUACGAGGCGUUUCUUUCAUUUCACUUGGAAAAUCUGUUGAAGAUGAAGGAAGGAAGCUCAAGAAGGCAAGAGGUGGCACCAAAGAUUUUGACGAUCGUGAUUCUUCUGGUAGUUCUAAAGAGUCUGAAGAUUACUUUUUCAAUCUGCUAGCUGCCGGGAGUAUGAAAGAUAGCAUCUUUUAAGUUACGAGCAAAAAUUUUGCGGCAUUGUUGAGAAGGAUGUUUUUUUUUCCUGUUUUCUCAGAGAUCUGUAUAUAUAUAUAUAUAUAUAUAUAUAUAUCAAUUUUGUCUUCUUUCGAAGGGUAUACAUUCUGUUAAGAAAUCUUUGGUUAUGUCUCUU